AUGCAGAAUCGUUUUGCUCAAUUUGGAUAAUAAUCAAUUAUUCCACUCAAAGCCACUGGUAAGUUCGGUGAUCAGUUUUUUGAUCUUCCCCAAGUUAAGCCUUUUUCACUUAAAUUACUGAAAGCAAAGGGUAGACCUAACUAAAUACUUUAGAGAAAAGUAGACGAAGGUAUCCCUAAAGAAAUCAGAAUGGAUAAACCAUUUUUCGAGGUUUUUAAUCCUCCAAAUUAACAUUACAUGAAUAUGAUUCAUUCUGAAGAAUUGAGACCGUAGAUUUCCUACUAUUAUCACGCUCCCAAUAAUCAGCCAAAUGAAUAAGUCACAGUAGACAAAGAUAACGCUUAUUUAGUUGAAAGUGCUAUUCAAAAUUAACAUGCUGAUAUAAGAAAAUUAGAAGCAUUAUAACAGAGAAUAAUAUUGAAGGAGAGAGUAUAAAAAGAGAUAAAACUAGAGAUGCAAUUGAAAUAAUUGAAGAAAGAAAAAUAAAUGGCUGAAUUGUAAGAAUCAACUUCUAACUCAAAUCUUAAUUUCAGUAAUGUGAAAUUAAAGAAACCUCAAAAUUAUGAUACAGCAAUCUAGCAAUCUAAAAGCCAAAUAACUUUAUAAUCAUAGUUUAAGGAGAUUUAAGAUAGCUUAUUAGAACUUUAAAGGAUUUAAGAACUAAAUAAACAAAAAGAAUAACUUAUUAAGUAGGAAUAAGAAGAAUCAUUUAUAAAGAAAAUAGAAUCAGUAUAGAGGUACACUUAGAAGAAUUGGAAAUGUUCAUCUUAGGAAUUAAGAGCUUUAAUCAAGAAAGAUAAAUAAAAGAAAUAAUUUUCAUGA